AUGGACGUGGACAUGGACGUGGACAUGGACGUGGACGUGGACGUGGACGUGGACGUGGACCUGGACGUGGACCUGGACGUGGACGUGGACGUGGACGUGGAGGACGUGGACGUGGUCAUGGACGUGGACGUGGACAGGGACGUGGACGUGGACGUGGACGUGGACCUGGACGUGGACGUGGACGUGGACUUGGACGUGGACGUGGACAUGGACGUGGACAUGGACGUGGACAUGGACGUGGACGUGGACAUGGACGUGGACAUCGAUGUGGACGUGGACAUGGACAUGGACAUGGACAUGGACGUGGACGUGGACGUGGACAUGGACGUGGACAUGGACGUGGACGUGGACGUGGACAUGGACGUGGACGUGGACGUGGACGUGGACGUGGACAUGGACGUGGACGUGGACGUGGACUUGGACGUGGACGUGGACAUGGACGUAGACAUGGACGUGGACGUGGACGUGGACGUGGACGUGGACGUGGACGUGGAUGUGAACGUGGAGGUGGACGUGGAGGUGGAGGUGGACGUGGACAUGGACGUCGACAUGGACGUGAACAUGGACGUGGAUGUGGACGUGGACGUGGACGUGGACGUGGACGUGGAGGUGGACGUGGAGGUGGACGUGGAGGUGGAGGUGGAGGUGGACGUGGACAUGGACGUGGACGUGGACGUGGACGUGGACGUGGACGUGGACGUGGACGUGGAGGUGAACGUGGAGGUGGACGUGGAGGUGGACGUGGACGUGGAUGUGGACGUGGAGGUGGACGUCGACAUGGACGUGGACAUGGACGUGGACAUGGACGUGGACGUGGACGUGGACGUGGACGUGGACUUGGACGUGGACGUGGACGUGGACGUGGACAUGGACGUGGACAUGGACGUGGACGUGGACGGGGACGUGGACGUGGACGUGGACGUGGACGUGGACGUGGACGUGGACGUGGACAUGGACGUGGAUGUGGACGUGGACGUGGACGUGGACAUGGACGUGGACGUGGACGUGGACUUGGACGUGGACGUGGACGUGGACGUGGACUUGGACGUGGACGUGGACGUGGACAUGGACGUGGACGUGGACAGGGACGUGGACGUGGACAUGGACGUGGACGUGGACAUGGACGUGGACGUGGACGUGGAGGUGGACGUGGAGGUGGAGGUGGACAUGGACGUGGACAUGGACGUCGACGUGGACGUGGACGUGGACGUGGACGUGGACGUGGACAUGGACGUGGACAUGGACGUAGACGUGGAUGUGGAGGUGGACGUGGAGGUGGACGUGGACGUGGACGUGGACGUGGAGGUGGACGUGGAGGUGGACGUCGACAUGGACGUGGACAUGGACGUGGACAUGGACGUGGACGUGGUGGUGGACGUGGACGUGGACGUGGACAUGGACGUGGACGUGGACGUGGACUUGGACGUGGACGUGGACAUGGACGUAGACAUGGACGUGGACGUGGACGUGGACGUGGACGUGGAGGUGGAGGUGGAGGUGGACGUGGAGGUGGAGGUGGAGGUGGACGUGGACAUGGACGUCGACAUGGACGUGGACAUGGACGUGGACGUAGACGUGGACGUGGACGUGGACGUGGACGUGGAUGUGGACGUGGAGGUGGACGUGGACGUGGACGUGGACGUGGACGUGGACAUGGACGAGGACGUGGAGGACGUGGACGUGGACAUGGACGUGGACGUGGACAGGGACGUGGACGUGGACGUGGAGGUGGACGUGGAGAUGGACGUGGACAUGGACGUGGACGUGGACGUGGACGUGGACGUGGACGUGGACGUGGACGUGGAUGUGAACAUGGACGUGGACGUGGACGUGGACAUGGACGUGGACGUGGACAUGGACGUGGACGUGGACGUGGACUUGGACGUGGACGUGGACGUGGACGUGGACGUGGACGUGGACAUGGACUUGGACGUGGACUUGGACGUGGACGUGGACGUGGACGUAGACAUGGACGUGGACGUGGACGUGGAGGUGCACGUGGAGGUGGACGUGGACGUGGACGUGGACGUGGACGUGGACGUGGAGGUGGACGUAGAGGUGGACGUGGAGGUGGACGUGGACGUGGACGUGGAGAUGGACGUGGAGGUGGACGUGGACGUGGAUGUGGACGUGGACGUGGAGGUGGAGGUGGAGGUGGACGUGGACAUGGACGUGGACAUGGACGUGGACGUGGACGUGGAGGUGGACGUGGAGGUGGACGUGGACGUGGACGUGGACGUGGGCGUGGAGGUGGACGUGGAGGUGGACGUCGACAUGGACGUGGACAUGGACGUGGACUUGGACGUGGACGUGGACGUGGACGUGGACGUGGACGUGGACGUGGACAUGGACGUGGACGUGGACUUGGACGUGGACGUGGACAUGGACGUAGACAUGGACGUGGACGUGGACGUGGACGUGGAGGUGGAGGUGAAGGUGGAGGUGGACGUGGACAUGGACGUCGACAUGGACGUGGACGUGGACGUGGACGUGGACGUGGACGUGGACGUGGACGUGGACGUGGAGGUAGACGUGGAGGUGGACAUAGACGUGGACGUGGAGGACGUGGAGGUGGACAUGGACGUGGACGUGGACAGGGAGGUGGACGUGGACAUGGACGUGGACGUGGACAGGGAGGUGGACGUGGACGUGGAGGUGGACGUGGAGAUGGACGUGGACAUGGACGUAGACGUGGACGUGGACGUGGACGUGGACAUGGACGUGGACAUGGACGUGGACGUGGACGUGGACGUGGACGUGGACGUGGACAUGGACGUGGACGUGGACGUGGACGUGGACGUGGACGUGGACGUGGACGUGGACGUAGACGUGGACGUGGACUUGGACGUGGACGUGGACGUGGACAUGGACGUCGACGUGGACGUGGACGUAGACAUGGACGUGGACGUGGACGUGGAGGUGGACGUGGACGUGGACGUGGAGGUGGAGGUGGACGUGGACGUGGAGGUGGACGUGGAGGUGGAGGUGGAAGUGGAGGUGGAGGUGGACGUGGAGGUGGACGUGGAGGUGGACGUAGACAUGGACGUAGACAUGGACGUGGACGUGGACGUGGACGUGGACAUGGACGUGGACAUGGACGUGGACGUGGACAUGGACGUGGACGUGGACGUGGACGUGGACGUGGACAUGGACAUGGACAUCGACGUGGACGUGGACGUGGACGUGGACAUGGACGUGAACGUGGACGUGGACAUGGACGUGGACAUGGACGUGGACAUGGACGUGGACGUGGACCUGGACAUGGACGUGGACGUGGACAUGGACGUGGACGUGGACGUGGACUUGGACGUGGACGUGGACGUGGACGUGGACGUGGACGUGGACAUGGACGUGGACGUGGACGUGGACGUGGAGGUGGACGUGGACGUGGACCUGGACGUGGAGGUGGACGUGGACGUAGACGUGGAGGUGGACGUGGACGUGGAGGUGGAGAUGGACGUGGAGGUGGACGUGGACGUGGACAUGGACGUGGACAUGGACGUGGACGUGGACGUGGACGUGGAGGUGGACGUGGAGGUGGACGUGGAGGUGGACGUGGACGAGGACGUGGACGUGGACGUGGACGUGGACGUGGAGGUGGACGUGGACGUGGACGUGGAGGUGGACGUGGAGGUGGACGUGGAGGUGGACGUGGACGUGGACGUGGAGGUGGACGUGGAGGUGGACGUGGAGAUGGACGUGGACGUGGACGUGGACUUGGACUUGGAUGUGGACGUGGAGGUGGACGUGGAGGUGGACGUGGAGAUGGACGUGGACGUGGACGUGGACUUGGACUUGGACGUGGACGUGGACGUGAAGGUGGACGUGGACGUGGACGUGGACGUGGACGUGGACGUGGACGUGGACGUGGACAUGGACGUGGACGUGGACGUGGACGUGGACGUGGACGUGGACGUGGACGUGGACGAGGACGUGGACAUGGACGUGGAGGUGGUCGUGGAGAUGGACGUGGACGUGGACGUGGACGUGGAGGUGGACGUGGAGGUGGACUUAGGGGUGGACGUGGAGGUGGAUGUGGAGGUGGACGUGGAGGUGGACGUGGACAUGGACGUGGACGUGGACGUGGACGUGGACGUGGACGUGGACGUGGAGGUGGACGUGGAGGUGGACGUGGAGGUGGACGUGGAGGUGGACGUGGAGGUGGACGUGGACGUGGACGUGGACGUGGACGAGGACGUGGAGGUGGACGUGGACGUGGACGUGGAGGUGGACGUGGAGGUGGACGUGGAGGUGGACGUGGACAUGGACGUGGAGGUGGACGUGGACGUGGAGGUGGACGUGGAGGUGGACGUGGACGUGGACGUGGACGUGGACUUGGACGUGGCCGUGGACGUGGAAAUGGACGUGGACGAGGACGUGGACAUGGACUUGGACGUGGACGUGGAUGUGGACGUGGACGUGGACAUGGACGUGGACGUGGACGUGGACGUGGACGUGGACGUGGACGUGGACGUGGACGUGGACCUGGACGUGGACUUGGACGUGGACAUGGACGUGGACAUGGACGUGGACGUGGACGUGGACGUGGACAUGUACGUGAACGUGGACGUGGACAUGGACGUGGACGUGGACGUGGACGUGGACGUGGACGUGGGCGUGGACGUGGACACGUGGACGUGGACAUGGACGUGGACGUGGACAUGGACGUGGACGUGGACUGACGUGGACAUGGACGUGGACGUGGACUGA